GUGGGGAGGGAGAAGAAAGAGUGAGGGAAAAGGAGAAAAAAAGGAGAAAAAGCACACAACAGAAAAGGGGAGGACAUCGGUGCAAUUGCGUGAAUAUUGGUUGAAUUACAUUGAAGAAAAUAGUUGCAGAGAGGAAGAAACCAAGAUGAUAACGCCCUACUUCCUACAGAAUUUCUGGGGUGAAAAAAACAAUGGAUUUGAUGUUCUCUACCACAACAUGAAGCAUGGUCAAAUCUCCUCCAAGGAACUUACUGAGUUCAUCAGAGAAAGGGCUACCAUAGAAGAGGUCUAUGCCAGGUCAAUGACCAAACUUGCCAAGUCAGCUGGUAACUUCUCUCAGCUCGGGACGUUUGCCCCGGUGUGGGAUGUGAUUAAGACGUCCACAGAGAAGCUGGCCAGCUGCCACCUGGAGCUGGUGAGGAAGCUACAGGAGCUUAUCAAAGACGUGCAGAAGUACGUGGAUGACCAGGCCAAGGCCCACAAAAAGACCAAGGAGGAGGUGGCGUCCACACUGGAAUCAGUCCAGACCAUACAGACCACCGGAGUAGCCUUACAGAAGUCCAAGGAGAAUUACAACGCCAAAACUGUGGAGCAGGAGAGGCUCCGCAAGGAGGGAGCAACACAGAGAGAUGUGGACAAGGCUGGAGUGAAGGCCAAGAAAGCCACGGAAACCUACAAGGGCUUUGUGGAAAAAUAUGCCACAGCCAAGUCCGAGUUUGAACAGAAGAUGGCUGAAACUGCACAGAAGUUUCAGGACAUCGAGGAGAGCCACAUCAUCCACAUGAAGGAUAUAAUUCAGUCAUACACACAGUCUGUUGACGAGACACACGUUCAGAUCGGAGAGGUCCGUAUAGAGUUUGAGAGGAACAUGGAGAACACUUCUGUUGAGGGCUUGAUACAGAAACUGUCUGACAGUAAAGGAACGGGCAAAGAGAGACCAGGUCCUAUUGAGUUUGAAGAAUGCAACACUGCCAUCGCCACUGAAGGAGCCAAACCCAGAAAGAGGAAAACAUUUGCGAUCCGCCGGAAAGACAAGGACACAGACUCGACGGAGUCGACAGAAGUUGAACCUGCUAACAAUACCAAUGGAGUUCCUCCUGGAUACUAUGGCACCAUAGACUUUCAAAACGCUAAUGUCCCCACGGUUGAUGAAGAUGGCUUCUGCAUCAGACCGGAAGACCGCAACCAAAAUGAUGCCAAAGAGAACUCGUUCUAUUCGUCGAGUGACUCGGAGGACGAGGAUGAACCCAGGAAGUUCCGUGUGGAAAUCAAGCCGGUGGCGCCCAACAACAGGACGCAACAAAGCCGAGCCACCAUCGACCAACUCAAGGCCUCCAUUGGAAACAUCAGCCUAUCGCCACCAACCUCGGGUCAGAUGCGAAGGAACCAAUCCAGGCUGUCAGAAUUGCAUUCCCACUCAGCGAUAGGCUCUCAGGUGCUAGGUGAUGAGUUGGGAAAGGCCAGGAUGUCAACAUAUUUCAAUGACAGUAGACCUGCUCUCAAUAAUGACCUUCUCUCACUGGAUCCGUUCGGCCCCGCCCCCACCCAAAGAGGCUCCUCCUCCUCAGUGUCCUCAUCAACAGAUGAGGGGGAGAUACAGCAGGAGUUCUCCUCUCCCCCACUGGCAGACGUCCUGCAGCAGGCCAAAGGAGAGGUCACCCCUCUACCUUCCACUACCACCACUACUACCACCACCACCACUACCACCACCACCUUCUCUCCAUGGAACUCACCAGCUGACCGCUUUCUGGCCCUGAAGCCCAUCCCAGCCCGGGCCCAGAGGACCCCCAUCACCUGGCAGGAUGAGCCCAUAGAACCAACCCCAGGCCCAACCAGCGUGCCUCAGGGAGAGAACCAGUCUGCCUUUACCAGGUCCCAGAGCCAGUGGAUCGACGUCAACCACGACUUUGUGCCAGUCCUACGCCAGCAGAGCUGCUGUCCGGGUACAGGUCCGGUCAACCGCGACCGGACCCAGUCUAACCCUCCUACCGGCAGGCCUCAGUCUUGCCGGUCCUUCUGUUUCUUCUCUGAUGACCCCGCUGAUCCCUAUAAUAAGAUGGCGCUGAGCAGUGGGGUUGUGGAGGUCAGCACCUCCUCUGUCCCUGAGGUGUUUUCAGCACUGACAGUGGGGGUGGCGGCAGCAGCAGCAGCUAGCCAGGCACACAAUGUGCCUGCCCUGGCCAGACCCACUACCCCUCAAACUGGGGCCAUGGUGGCUCCUCCACGACCCUCUUCCAGACCCAAACUACCCACAGGAAAACUCACAGGAAUCAAUGAAAUUGUGCGGCCGUUCAGCCCGACCAAGACGUUGUCCAACGCCAGUCCUCCUCCGGCUGCUCCCCUGGCCCGGGCAGAGAGCUCCUCCUCCCUGUCCUCCACCGCCUCUCUCAGUGCCUCCAAUACACCCACAGUGGAGGAUGAUGGUUUCAUCGGGAAGCUGCCCACCUUUGAGAAGUGCUGUGAAACGCCUGCAGGGACGUCUCGCGGUCCCAGCCCAGUGACCCUGGCGUCCCAAGAUGCCUUGCCCAUUGCUGUGGCCUUCACAGAGUCUGUUAAUGCCUACUUCAAAGGAGCUGAUCCCGCUAAGUGCAUAGUGAAGAUCACAGGUGACAUGACCCUGUCCUUCCCCAUGGGUAUCAUCAAGGUGUUCACCAGUAACCCCUCCCCUGCUAUGCUCACCUUCAAACUGAAGAACACCUCCAAGCUGGAGCAGAUCCUCCCCAACCAGACACUACUGUUCAGUGAUCCCUCGCAAAGUGAUGCUCAUACCAAGGACUUUUGGUUCAACAUGCAAGCUCUCACAUCGUACCUCAGGAAAGCCUCAGAGCAGAACCCUGCUGCAUCCUACUACAACGUUGACAUCCUCAAAUACCAGGUGUCCUCUAAAGGAAUCGCAUCGACCCCUCUGAACCUGGCAGUGUACUGGAAGUGUGACCCCGCCACCACUGACCUGAGGCUGGACUACCACUACAACCCAGAGUCCAUGCUCUGUCCCGGCCCUCUCUCCAACGUACAGGUCCUAGUGCAUGUAGAUGGAGGGGUCACCAACAUGCAGUCCCUGCCUAAUGCUAUCUGGAACUCAGAGCUGAACAAGUCUCUCUGGAAGCUGAACGACAUCUCUGAGAAGUCUGAUAAUGAAGGCUCGGGGUCUCUGAGGGCUAAGUUUGAGCUCUCCGACGGCCCGUCCACCCCAACCACCCUGGCUGUGCAGUUUAUGAGCGAGGGGAGCACGCUGUCUGGGGUGGACAUAGAGCUGUUGGGAACCGGGUACAGACUGUCCCUCAACAAGAAGAGGUUUGCCACAGGUCGUUACAUGGCAGACUGUUGAGUAUGCAUACCGUCCUGGACCACCAAGCACAACGACUUUAUUGAACAUUUAUUUUCAAUAUUUGAGUCCUUUUUGUCCUAUUUAUUAAAGGGGAGGUGAAGACUGGAGAGGUGCAGCAAAUACACCAGGUUUUUUGUGACGCAACCAAACACUUUGCAUUAUGUACCUUGUCUGUCUCGAGCAGAGAUCUCCUCAGUACAGUAAGCGAGCAGAGAUCUCCUCAGUAACAGUAAGCGAGCAGAGAUCUCCUCAGUAACAGUAAGCGAGCAGAGAUCUCCUCAGUAACAGUAAGCGAGCAGAGAUCUCCUCAGUAACAGUAAGCGAGCAGAGAUCUCCUCAGUACAGUAAAGCAGCGCUGAGUAUUGAACACUGUAUAAAAAGAAUAAUAAUACAUGAAAUAAAAAAUUAAGUUGAGCUGUCAGGAAAUGGAAAUGUAUAGAUGUUGAGAAGUGUAAUGCUUUCUGAUCAAUUCAGACUUUUAUAAAGUCAGGACCGUAGUGAUUCGUUAUGUAACAAUGUAUGGAUUAUAUAUAAAUACAUAUUAUAUACAAAAAAAAAUGUAAAAAUGAAUACAAUCUGCACUAACAAUCUAAAAAUAUAUUUGUUCUCUCCUUUGUAAAUUGUGUAUGUAUUCCACUGAAGCUCUUGUAGGAACAAAGAUUCUGGGUAAAACGGUGAGAGGAGAGGAAAUGCCACACUAUCCUCCCUCAUCCCGCUGUCCUUCUCUUCUCAAUUGCAAGUACGAUCACCAAGUAUUUUACUUUGUGAGACUCAAGUCAUGUUUUUUUCUUCUGAUUUACCUUUAUUUCCUGGGUUAUUUUCAUUCUGAUCAUGUGCAAUGAAGAAAUGAAGGUAUAAGCUGGAUUUUUUUUAAACUAAACAGAUUCUCUAAAAUGUUAUCGUGGCACAACAUUAAUCGGUUGUCCUGUCGCUUCUGACAACUGGUAAUAACACACGGUCAGCUCUCUUUCAAAAGCAAAAAAAAGAAAACCUAACUGA